AUGGGGGAGCAAGCGCCGCUUAAUGUAUGCCGGGCAGGUCUGAAGUUUAACAAUGCCGUCUCGGACCUUCUCCCGAACGUAAUGGUAGCGUAUGUCAAUGUGUUUGGAUCUCUUGGUGGUGAGCUCGGCUUCAGCCAUGGCGUGAGCACCUUGAUUAUCGAUAUGAAGAGAUAUUGGUGGGCAUUCAGUUGGGAGCACAUUAAGCUCGUUGAUGAGAUUCCGGAGCCAGAGGGCAUCACGGCUGGCUUCGCUUAG